UAAGUUCUCAUACUUGCGGCGCGGCGCACCCACGGCCACGUCGUCGCCGACUUCUCGGUUCCUCCGCCGCUCGCCCGCGACUCCUCUGCUCCCGCUAAGCUCCAGCGGCGGCAAACCGCCAGAUCGCGUUUCAGCCACGGAGAAGGACAGCAUGGAAGUGGUGGCCUCGGCGCCGGGGAAGGUGCUCAUCGCGGGGGGCUACCUCGUGCUGGAGCGCCCCAACGCCGGCCUCGUCCUCAGCACCACCGCCCGCUUCUACGCCGUCGUCCGCCCGCUCCGCGACGGCAUCGCCUCCGACUCCUGGGCCUGGGCGUGGACGGAUGUGAAGGUAACCUCCCCUCAGCUGUCCCGGGAGGCCACCUACAAGCUGUCAUUGAACAAAUCGACGCUCCAGUUGACGUCUGCAAGGGAAUCUGCAAACCCUUUUGUGGAGCACGCCAUACAGUUCUCGGUGGCGGCUGCUAGAGUGACCAUCACUGAUAAGGAGAGGAAGGAUGCACUAGAUAAGCUGCUGUUGCAAGGUCUGGACAUCACGAUUCUGGGUUGCAAUGAUUUCUAUUCCUAUCGGAAGCAGAUUGAAGCACGUGGUCUCCCUCUUACUCCGGAGGUAUUGCUUUCGUUGCCUCCAUUCUCUUCAAUCACAUUUAACUCAGAAGUUGCUAAUGGAACAAUGACGGGAGAAAAAUGUAAACCUGAAGUAGCCAAAACUGGACUUGGGUCAUCAGCUGCCAUGACCACAUCAGUUGUUGCUGCUCUUCUUCACUAUCUUGGAGCUGUUUACCUUUCGUGUUCGGGACAAUCUUCCAGUGAUAGUGUGACUGGACGAGAUCUUGACUUGGUUCAUGCUAUUGCUCAAAGUGCACAUUGUAUAGCACAAGGGAAAAUUGGAAGUGGUUUUGAUGUUAGUGCUGCUGUCUAUGGGAGUCAGCGCUACACAAGGUUCUCCCCAGAAAUACUCUCCUCAGCUCAGGUUACAGGUGGGACUUGCUUGCCAGACAUAGUAUCAUAUAUUGUUACACGGAGGUGGGAUCAUGAGAAGACUCAAUUUUCAUUGCCCCCUCUGAUGACCCUUCUCCUUGGGGAACCUGGAACUGGAGGAUCAUCUACUCCAUCAAUGGUUGGAUCUGUGAAACGGUGGCAGAAGUCUGACCCUCAGAAAUCCAAAGAUACAUGGACUAAGCUGGGAAUUGCCAAUUCAGUGCUGGAGAACCAACUGAGAAACUUAAACAAACUUUCUGAAGAUCACCGGGAGGCCUAUGAAUCCAUAGUGCGGUCCUGUAGUCGUCUCGUGUGCAGAAAGUGGACAGAGGUGGCUACUAACCAACAUCAAGAGUUGAUUGUUCGAUCACUGUUGGCUGCAAGAGAUGCUUUCCUUGAGAUCAGGCUUCAUAUGCGAGAGAUGGGCAUAGCAGCCGGUGUUCCAAUUGAACCAGAAUCGCAAGCACAACUACUAGAUGCCACUAUGAAUCUGGAGGGCGUUCUACUAGCUGGAGUUCCCGGAGCUGGUGGCUUUGAUGCAGUUUUCUCAGUGAUUCUGGGUGACGCAAGUGAUGCUGUAGCAAAUGUUUGGAGCUCAUCUGGUGUUUUGCCACUUCUUGUUCGAGAAGACCGUCAGGGUGUUUCAUUGGAAGAUGCUGACCCAAGAACAAGGGAGGUGUCAGCUGCUGUAUCAUCCAUACAAAUUAAUUGAUUCUACUGUUCACAAAUUCUGUUUAAGUAUGGUGUACCAUUGUUAUUCAUUUAAAAGUAUCGAUGGUGCCAAAUGCAUUGUUAAAAUAAGUGCUGCGCUAGCAGCAAGAUAGUAUGUUGUUUAUUGGACUAUCCAAGAGUGUAGAAAAUAAGAAAUUCUAGUCAAUUACACGGAACUAGUGCCUGUAGCUAUGAAAUGUACGUGAGAAAAUGAUGAGCUAUUUCAAUGAGCUCAUAAUGUAAACCUUCUAUUUGUAA